GCUGUUGUUGCUGCUGUUUGCUGUUGUUGCUGCUGUUUGCUGUUGUUGCUGCUGUGUGCUGUUGUUGUUGCUGUUUGGUCCAAAUUGAAUUUUGUCUUGAAUCAAUAAAACGCGUCUCAUAACCAUCUUUUACAAGCUCAUCGAUUUUGCCAACUACUUUAGUAGCUGGCGUUCAUAGAGUUUGGUCUCUGAGUGCUGACAUUUGCAUGUUUUAAUUUUUUUGGUACAAGAUUGUUUGAAGAAUCAUCUACCAUGAGUCAAAUGCAUUUGCACAGUGAAAAUUUCGAUCUUUGCCGGAUUUGUCUAGCAGAGCCAGAAGCCGACAGAAGUAUCGAGUUUGUUCAUAUUUUUACGACUGUCAACGAAGAUUUCAAAUUGAAGCCACAGUUAGAAGAACUUUUAGGAAUCAAGGUUGGGUCUAAUGAUGUCAAACCUAAAAUGAUAUGCAAUAACUGCUAUAAAUCUUUGUUUGCUUGGUAUGAAAUGAAGAAGAAAGCGUCCGAAUCUGAUAUUGUUAUUAAUUACAUUGCUUCAAAAAAAUUUGGUGUUAAUAACCCUGGAACAUCUAAGGCAUCUAACUCAUCGCAGAAAUCGCGUGAUAUAAAACAACCUAAUAAAAUUGAAAACAAUUUUAACCCUGGAACAUCUAAGGCAUCUAACUCAUCGCAGAAAUCGCGUGGUAUAAAACAACCUAAUAAAAUUGAAAACAAUUUUAACCCUGGAACAUCUAAGGCAUCUAACUCAUCGCAGAAAUCGCGUGAUAUAAAACAACCUAAUAAAAUUAAAAACAAUUUUAAUGAGUGUAGUACUAGUAGUAGUACUGGUUACUGUAAACGAGAAGAUUCUAGUCGUUCACCUGUUGCUAGUUGUUCAAAAUCAGUAUAUGUUGAUGAUUCUGAUGAUUGCAUUGAAGUAAAACCUUCAAUUGAUAUUAUUGAAAUAUUGUCCGAUGACGAUGAAAACAAUGGUAUUAAGGAAGAAUGCAUUUAUGUAUCUGACGAUGAAAUUGUUGAUAAUAAUAUUAAACAUGAAUACCAUGUAAUUUCAUCAGAUGACGAAUCUGUUGAUAAUAAUAUUAAUCAUUACAAUAGAAACUAUCAAGAAUCUGCUGGUACUUCAUAUGGUGGCUCAGAAGCAAGAAAUCAGGUUGAAACGACUGAAAACAUAAAUAAUAAAAAUGAAAAAUUAUACUACUGUUCCAUCUGUCAAAAGAAGAAUAUUCUCAAUCAUGAUUGUUCUCAAUACAAUAUAAAUUUUUCUACUUGUUUAGUUCCUAAUUGCAAUAUUCUAUCAAGAUCAAAAGAUGAUUUUUUACCACAUUAUCAACUACAUAUUGGUAUGUCUCCUUCAGCAAAUAUGUGCAUCCAUUGUUAUCAUGAGAUAAACGAGCCUAGCUCUUCUAGCGCCACUAGUUUUUAUCACCGUUGUGCUGUAAAUGCAUUUAAAUGUUAUACAUGCAAUGUUAAAUUUACUAACAUGAAAGAAUUCGCCUAUCAUAAGUUGAAAAAACAUAAUGGUCGAUUGAUGGACUCUUCUAAUAAUUAUUUAUGUUUAUACUGUGAAGAAUCAUCUCCAGAGCUUACUGAUAUUAUUGAUCAUACUAAGCAAUGUCUUGAAAAUCAGGCAAACAAUGUAACUACGGUAAGUUUGAGAUUAAGAAUACCUACUGAAAAUACAACAGAAUUAUUACCAGUUGCAGAAGAAACUUUGAAUACAAAUGUGUUGGUAGAACGUAAUCAAAGAACUAAGAAGAACAGUGUACGUACAUCAAAAAUGAUACUUUUUACCUGUUUAAAACCUUCUUGCAAUCUCGUCUUCCAAUCAUUUUCAGUUUUUAAAGAACAUUAUCGUGAGCACUUUGGAAUUGGGGAUAGAUUGGUAUGUUGGCAAUGUUGUAAGCCAUUUGAUGAUUUGAAUGGUCUUAGACUUCAUCAAGUAAGAUUUGUCUGUGCUACCCCUGGUAUGUUCAAAUGCCCUAUGUGCCAACUGAGAUUUGAUAAUAUGCAAUGUAUUAGUAUACAUAAAUAUACUUUUCACAAUGGUCAUUUAAUAGCUGGGAAAAAAAAUAAUAAUACUAUUAAAUGUGCAUUUUGUAAGUCGGAUGUAAGAAUUUAUAACUUUAAAUCUCACCUGAUGACAUGCCGUAAGAAGAAAAGCCAAAAAUGUACAAAACCUGCAGAGAAUGCAAACGAUUAUUCAUGUAAGACAUGUGGUAAAGUGUUUCAAUCACUAGUAUCAUUAUCAAAUCAUUUGCGUUCUCACAAAUCAUCUUAACAAAUGUAAUAUUGGAAAAAGAAUAAGUAAAUCAUCUUCAAAUGAAAAAUAUCUUGAAUUUAUCCAACAUUCAAGAAAUUGAUUGUCAGUGGCAGGAUACAAUAUUUUUAAAUUGGAGUUGAAUUAUUUGUUUCUAUUUUAUUAUUUUGUUUAAUAUUUCUAUA